AUGUUUAGACCUGCAGAUGAGCACAGCAUGAGAGUGAAGGUGAAGGUGAUCCGCGUGACAACGCGUUUGCCCCACUUUUGGCUUGUUUGCGCCGGCGCCCAAGUUCACCUGCACCCUCGCCUGCCUUCUCAACCUCCAAGCUCCCACACCUCCCACAGUCGCCCUGGUCUCAUCGUAUGCUGGCAACAUCCUAGGUUAGCUUUCGCCAUGGCAGUCCUUCCAUCCCAGCCUGCCAUUGAAGUGUCCGUCGUAUGCAACGGAGCGGCCCUGCAAGAGUACGAGGAUGAUGAAGAUGCGCCAAACGGUACCGUCAUGACCAAGUACGUCGAAGCUGUCUCAGGCGCAGAGUUUCAUGUCCGUUGGACGAUCACAAAACCAUGGCCUCAGUAUACGAUCUUGUUCGAGCUUUGGCUUGACCAGAAGUACACUGAUAGCGAAUUUGCACAACAAAAGCACUUCAAUGAUCCUUCCUAUAGCUCCACCAUCGAAGGAGCGACCUCGAUGAUCAACGGUCAAAGCUUUCUUCACAAAUUCUGUUUUGCCGCGCUCACUGUUGAUGAGAACAAGGCCGGUCAGCUGGAAAAAAACAUCAUGCAGGACAUCCAGAAAAUGGGCGAGAUAACCGUGAAGGCUUAUUUUGUCAAGAAUCUGAGUCCCUCAGCCACAGUCGACCAGGCUUUACCAAACAAGAUCGAACAAGUCGGGAAAAUCCCAGAGAAGGCACUCAAGGGUAGAACGCUAUCGCAUCAGAUAUCCCUUCGAGCUCCACAAGUCAGAGCUCCGUAUUCAACAUGUAGGUGUGACUACGUCGGCCGCAAAAGAAAGCCUUUCGGGACGUACACCUUCAAGUACCGCUCUAGAGAUGCACUCAAAUCUCUUCUGCUCAUCCCACGAAGCCCCACCCCAGUGCCACUAGAGGACAAAGACGUCGACGCGCUUAGCCCAGAGGAGCUACGGGAGCUCGUCCGUAGACAGCGGGUACGGGAUGCUGCAUCUCGCACUGUAAAGCAAGAAGCGGGCGUCAAGCGCGAACGUCCUAAUGAGAGAAGUAGCGCACUCCCGGACAAUACCGACGACGACGAGCUACUGGUUGUGUCAACGAAGCGGCGACGUGAGACCUAUCCGACCAACACCAACAAGGAUGGCAUGGAAGAGAUCGAUCUGACUUGA